ACGAUGUGAUAAGUAGUAUAAAUUUGUAAAAAUAAUCUGAAGUAAAAUCAACUUUUAAUGACAAUUCUGAGUUGAACUCCCUAAAUAGAUAUUUGUAAUUGUUUUCCACUUAAAAGAAUAAAAGUUAUUGUGUCAAAAUGUAAAAGAAUUUCCUCUAAAUCAUUGCAGUUAGACGAAUCGCCCUCAGUGAGGGGGGAAGGGGUGUUUUGUGUAACUUGGUUGCAAAGUCAGAAGUGUGACUGACGGGGCGUGAGUGUCACAUGUCACCAUAAACAAACUGCAGUUUGACACCUUCGCCUCACGCUCCGGUCAGAAACUGUUCCCGCACCAGUUAGAGACGGGCAGCUAUGGCGACUGUGGUGGACACGCAGGACACCUUUGAGUCGUGGCUCAACAAGGCCACAGACCCAAAUAAUGAGGAGGAUAGAUGGGACUGUAUUCAGGGCUUCUACCAGCUGGUCAACCAAGAGGCUGAUGGGCCACAUGUAGCUCUUCGUCUUCUUGCCCAUAAAAUCCAGUCUCCACAGGAGAAAGAAGCUCUUCAGGCUCUCACUGUUCUCGAGGCUUGUAUGAACAAUUGUGGAAAGCGGUUCCACAGCGAGGCAGCUAAGUUUCGCUUUCUGAAUGAACUUAUCAAAGUCUUAACGCCAAAGUACUUUGGCGCGUGGAGUCCACAGAAAGUUAAAGAGAGAGUGACGGAGGUCUUCUACGGCUGGACGCUCUGGCUUAAAGAGGAACCUAAGAUUCAGGAAGCCUACAACAUGCUGAAGAAACAAGGCAUCGUGAAGAAGGAUCCCACACUUCCAGACACGGUUGUUAUGGCUCCUCCGCCUCAAAGAACCACAGAGUCUGUUUUUGAUCAAGACGACAAGGCCAAGAUGUUGGCUAGACUACUGAAGAGUGGCCGUCCUGAAGACCUGGAAACCGCCAACAGGCUAAUUAAAAGCACCAUCAAGGAGGAGCAGGAAAAGGCUGAGAAAGUGUCAAAGCGAGAGUCGACCCUGAUGGAGGUUGAGAGCAGCACCAAGCAGCUGAGAGAGCUUCUGUAUCAGCACAUCGAUACUGAAACCUCGUUUCAACCCAGCGAUGAUGUGAAGGCGCUGUAUGAGUGCUGUGAUCAACUGAGGCCCCGCCUGUUCAGGCUUGCCAGCGACUCCAUGGAUGACGAUGCAGCUCUGGCACAAAUCCUGGCUGCGAACGAUGAGCUAACACUUGUAUUAAACGCCUACAAAGACCUGAUGGCAGGAGGAAAAUGCAACAGAGGAAGAACAAGAAGUAAAAGUGAAGAAGUAACCAAUAAAAGCACCUCACCGACUAGCCCCCGAGAGAUCAAAAGCUACCACCUCAUCGACCUGUCAGCACUGGACUCUCCUCAAACCCACAGAAAAGCUGAUUCUCCUCCUGUGUUUGAGUCCUCCUCACCCUUCUCCUCUCAUUCGGAGAGCAACUGCUCAUCAGAAGCCGAAAAGAACUUGGGUUUUAAGGACCUGGUCUCCAAACAGACUCAGCAGAAUCCAAAGUCGUAUUACGAGGAACUGAUGCAGAUCAACCAGAAUUGUCAAAUGACGAAUUUUGAGCAGAACGGAGAGAGAAAUGUUUUGCUGAGGAGCCGUGGCUGUGGGGGAAGCAACACAACAAACAACGGGUCACUUCCUCAUCUGCAGCAGGUCACAGAGUCCGGAUCUCCGACUACAACACAGAAACCGCUAAACCGUGUGUCUGGAUCUCCUCUAAAGCUGGAGGAAAGCUCCUCUUCCCUUCAAACACUUAAAGAUAUCUUUGUUCCCCUGGAGACCAUCAGAUUCUGUCAAAUGGAGCCGGUGACGGUGUACAAUCAGGUCGGUAUCCACGUGUCACUUCACUUUGCCAGAGACCGUCCGUCAGGUCACCCAGAAGUGGCCGUGGUCGUCAUGUCAGCGGUGAACACGUCCGCGCUCCAUGUUGAGGACUUCGUGUUUCAAGUGGCCGCUUCAAAGGGCAUGUUGGUGAAACUCCAGCCAGUGUCUCGGACACACCUCCCUCCUUACAACCCUCUCCUACCUCCACCUUCUGUCUCACAGGUCAUCCUGUUAGCUAAUCCACAAGGCUGUAAAGUUCGUCUGCGCUACAAGCUGACUCUGACUCAUGGAGGCCAAAGACUGAGUGAGACAGGAGAGAUCGACAGCCUCCCUGACUGGACCGCUAUGAUCAAACUCUAAAAAUUGACUCGUUUUACUCCAAAGACCAGCAGCGGGCCUGAAAACAACAUGUUUACAGCACAAUGAAACCAAAGAAUAACACCACUAAACUGGGCUAAUAUUACUGUGAAUAAUCCAGGUCCUCUUAAAAUGCAACGACAAAUAAUUGUCUUAAAUACUUUUGAUUUUACAGGGAAAGAAGUUAAUUAUCAACUCUUAUUUUUCUGCAGCAGGUUUGUAAAAAUAACAAUGUAAUGCUAAAUUAAUGGAAGUUGAAGAGGUUUAUUAAUAGCCGUAAUAAAGUGUGGAAGUUGAAGAUGCUGUACAGCAAUUUCAUAUUGGUCUUAGCUACAUGGACUAGCCAUUAGCUCAUCAAUCCAUAAGGUCCUCAAAGCUGUUUCACUGAACUGAGGCUGUUCAGGAAGCUUUCAAACUUUAAUGUUGCCUUCUGGCCACUAGAGGGCGCAUGAAAAAGACAGGGCUUUAUAAAAGGAUGUCCUCAGUCCUCUGAGCAAUUUUAUUGGAUGUUUCAGUCUCCAGCGUCAUUUAGUUUACAAAUAAUUUAGAACAAUCUUUGAUUUAUUUAUUAAGGUCAUGUUUUAGGUCUCAAAGUCUAAAAACAUGUAUAUUGUUUGUGUUUUAUUAUGAGAUCUGAUGAGUUACUGGUUACAUGUGUGAAAAUGUUUAUCCAAUAUGUUUUAUAUGAAAAUAUUUUAAAAACUUUUGACAUAAAUAAAUAUUUGCUUUUAUUGAAUAUUUCUUACAAAUGAAGUUUCCUUAAAACAUCAAAGUUUUUUCUCUGUUUAGUGAAAACUUAUGCUAAACUACUAUUACUGUACACUGGUGUGGUGUGUUUUUAAUUAGGUAAAGUUUCAUUUAACUUAUUUUAAGGAUAAAUUUUAAGGGGAGGGAAAAUGCUUCUGUUUUACCAAAGGAGGAAAAUAAUGUUGACUAAAAAUGACUAUCAGUCCUCCUUUGGUUUAUUUAAUACAGCAUUUAGACGUUUUUAUUUGCUGAUAACAUUUUUUUUAAUAAUUAUUUUCUACUUUACCUUUUUCUGUAUUUUCUCUCAGGUUAUUUGUUUUCUUGAAUUAUUUCAACUCAAAAGUCUUCAGUCAAAUAUGACACAUCUGACAACUCGCUGCUGUAUUUUCUUACUGUCAGUUUCACAUUAUGAAGCCUAAAAUUACCACUUUGGAGCCAAAAGUUUCACAAGAAUAAAGAUUUUGCUAUAA